AAGAAUAGCGUCCAUUUUCUGAGUUUAUAUGAUUAACUUUGACGUUUUAUACAGCAAUGCUAAACGAAAUUUAGGAUAAUUAAAUGAGUGCGAAAGUAUAAAUAUAAUACAAACAGAUCUUUAUCAUAAAUAAGAUGUUAGUCAAAUCGUGAUAUUAGUAUAAUUAUAUAUUCAUGUUACAUCGUUCAUAAUACAAGUGAUAUGACAAGGUCUAUUACAAAACAUUUGUAACGUGAAUGUAGUUGGUGUAUUUGUUUGUGUCAGGUUAGGUAAACUGGUUAAUCGAUGUUAUUCUAUGAUUUCGUAUCACUGAUUUUCAAGUUCAAGUGGAAAUGGUUCGAGUCAACAGGCUAAUGGUGGAAGCGGAAGGGGCUGUCAUGACUCCCCACCGUAUUGAACUCUGUGAAAAGGAACUACUCAGAACUGUCCGAAGCUACAGAAGUCGAAGAAUUCUCGCUGCCUCACCUAAAAAGACUGAAAAUGGUGAUUUGCUAACAAAAGCGCCAAUAAGAAAGACUCAAGUGAAAUCAAAACCACUUAAGAAUAGCAAUGGUAGCAACAACAGUACAAAUAUGACCAAUGGCACCAUGCUACGGUCUCGUUCCUCCAGGACAUCAGCAAAGGGCAAUGACAGCCAUAAGCUGACUGAAUAUUUCAAAGAACAACUCAAAGUUCCCAAAGUGGAGUCACCACCUCCACUAAAAACAAUAAACAAGACUGCUAAAGUAGAAACUAAAGCUGUAAAUGGCCAUACAAAUAAUUCAAAUCACAAAUUGACGGAGUAUUUUCCAGUACGACGUAGUGUUAGAAAAACUUCCAAAUGUGUAAUGGCAGAAAAGAUGCGCGAUUUGGAAAGGGCUGUGAGAGAGCAAAGAGAAGAUGGACUUAAGGUUGAAUACUUUGAUGGGAAGGGUCGCGGUGUGAUAGCUACGCGUGCGUUUGUACGCGGUCAGUUUGUGGUAGAGUACGCGGGUGAGCUGGUGGGAGUGGCGGAGGCCCGCGAACGCGAACAGCGCUACGCUCUAGACCCAGAGGCUGGCUGCUAUAUGUACUACUUCAGGCACUGUGAUCAACAGUAUUGUAUUGACGCGACGGCAGAGAGUGGUCGUCUAGGUCGAUUAGUAAAUCAUUCUCGUAAUGGCAACUUACACACCAAAGCAAUAUGGGUGGACGGGCCGCGCCUUGUGCUGAUCGCGGCACAGGAUAUAGCACCCGGGGAUGAAUUGACAUACGACUAUGGUGAUCGUUCUCGUGAGGCUCUUAGACAUCAUCCAUGGCUCGCACUCUGACCUGGGUAUCACUACCGAAAUCUCAAAUGGACAUAACAUUAUUUAUUAUUUUAAUUUUAGUUAUGAUAAAAUUGUUUACUCUUAUUCCCAUAUAAAACGUAAAUUAUUUAUUAAGUGAACGAAAAGGCCUAAUCACAGAAACUUUGAAACACAAUAUUUGGAACUCAAAAUAAUGUGCUAUGUAUUCGGAAAGUUAAUGAAAGAUAUUGAUAUUAAUAUGUUGUAAAACCAAGAAUAAUAUGUAGGAGAUAUGAUAUUUAUUAUAUCUUUUUAAUGAAUCACACAUCUUCGUUACAUAAGAAAUAUAAUGGUCAAUAUAAUGUUUGCUUUAUUCAAAUGAACAAAAGAUUUCAGUAAUCUUUCAUUAUAAGUCGAUUUCACAUAAAUUUCAUCAUCAAAAAUUGUAGAUUAAGUAUUAAUCAAUUUCAGUAUUGCAAAAGAGAACAUUACGUAAUUAGCUGCGUAGAUUAAAUUACAAAAAAAAUCGCAAUUGAAAGCAAUAAGCUCCCAAAUAAAUAUAAUUACGGUUUAUCAAUUUUAAAGCUUAGAUUUUUUUGUUUAAAUUAGACAAUUUACAUGAUAAAAUGUUGCCUUAAUCAUGUAUAGAGGUUGUCAUGUAUCUUGGCGGCUCGGAAUAUCGUACGAGGCGUUGCGCAGAACACAAAGUUAGGUAUGGUGGGUUGUAAAGGGUUGCGGGGGGAGGGCACUGCGCAGCGCUCCAAUAACCUUAAGCUGUCGAAAUAAUUGAAAUGAUAUAUAGACUUUGUUUUUUAAGUUGCACGUUUUGUAGAUUACCUUAUUUAAUAGGAAUUUUACCAAAAUUACUUAACAUACAUUAAAUAUAUUAACUACCUAAGUGUUAUAUAAAAAUCCAGCAAUAAAAAGUAAAUCAAAUUGUCCAUAGAAAUACAUAUUUUUGGACUAUAAAUAUUAUAAGUAGUUAGAAUAGUUUUGCGCACAAAGUUUUUUCAAAUCUUUAUACUCCCGAAAUUACACCAAUGUUUGCACCUAUUAUGUAAAGGAUUUUUUUUUUACUACUAUAAGUUUAUUUAUUUACUAAGGCCACUCCUUGUACUUUAUUUCUUGUAGUUAAUUUUAUAUUUGCUAAUAGAAAAUGUUUAGUAUAAAAGUGACAGUACUUAGUUGUUCUGUUACCGUAUUGGCUCUAAGUUUAAGUUGAAAUAGUUUCAAGUAUUUUCCAAAAAUUGUAAUAAUGUAUCCAAUAAUUUGGGGCUUAAUCUCGAUUAAGAAAAAGAUUAUAUCUAUGUAUGUGUAUGUAUGUGUUUGGAUGGAAAGAUGAGAAAAUUUAUUUAUAUUUUAAUAUUAUUUAAGAGUUGAAUAAAAACUCGAAUAAUUAAUAUAUGGCAUGGUAUUAUUUUUUGAAUGAAAUGAUGGUUGUAACAGUUUUGCUCAGUAGAUUAUUCUUUUACGAUUAAUUUAUUCAUAAAAUAAUUUGAUGAAAAUAUAAAAUUAAUUUAACCACCGUUGAUUAUUUAAAAUUUGGAUUUAGUUUAUCAAAAAUGUGUAUCCGAUUAUAACACUUCAUGAUACAAAGAAUUUAUGAAUUUGUCUAAUAAAAUCCAUACAUGAAAAUUAUAUUUAUUAUUAUUAGUUUAUAAAUAUUUUUAAAACAAU